GCGUGUUGUUGUAGUGAGCGCGCGUGGCACCGUGGCAGGAGGACGGUCGCCAUCUCUGCGUAAAAACCGUCGAACCGCAUCACGCUGUUCGACUUCGUGGUGUUUGUGUGUGUGUGUGUGCGAGAGAGGGGAGGGGGUCGAAGCCGGAGCGGGCGGGGUGCUGUGCUGCCUGCACGCAGGCGGACACACACACACACACACACACACCUCUUCGAUGCGGGACUGACGCUUUGUUUGUCUCCUGCACGUCGGACUGUCCCCUCGGAUGUUUUACGGACGCGUCUUUUCUCACUGACAUUUCGACUGGCUCGUGGGCUCCCCGCGUGGGUGCGGGUGUGCGGUGCGUGGGGGGCGGUGUGGGGGGAGCGGGAGUCGGGUGAAAAUGGGACUGAAUGCUUCGAACGAAAUGGGAUUUUAAUGCUGCGAGCAGCGGACGCUUCGUGCGCUCGGCGAUGUUUGCCAGGGAAUAAAAACGGUGCGGCCGAAGGUGCGUAACAUCUCGUUUCCAUGGACAACACGUCCAUAAUAACACAGGUUGCAAAUCCGAAAGAGGAGGAGAGCAUUUCUUCAAGUCCCGAUAAAGUCUCCCAGUCCAACUGCAGCCUGAAGAAGCACCGCAGCCGCGGCAUCUUCAGCCCGUUCCUCUGCUGCUUCCGCAAACACAAUGACUACAAUGUGGAGCCGCCACCCGCCAACAACAAGACGCUCUCUGUGCCCCCGCCGCCCGAAGAGAACGGCGGUCCCCCCAAGUGUGACCAGGUCCAGGUCAUCCCCAUCCCCAGUCCUCCAGACAAGUUCCUUCUGCCGGAGGUCGGUGUAGACGACUUUGGCAAGAACUGCGUGGUGAUCGACCUGGACGAAACCCUCGUGCACAGCUCCUUCAAGCCCAUCAGCAAUGCAGACUUCAUCGUUCCAGUGGAGAUUGAUGGGACUGUUCAUCAGGUGUAUGUGCUGAAGAGGCCCCACGUGGAUGAGUUCCUCCAGAGGAUGGGGGAGCUCUUUGAAUGCGUCCUCUUCACGGCGAGCCUAGCUAAGUACGCCGACCCUGUGGCCGACCUGCUGGACCAGUGGGGGGUGUUUCGUGCCCGCCUCUUCAGGGAGUCGUGUGUUUUCCACAGAGGGAACUACGUCAAAGACCUCAGCCGGCUGGGCCGGGAGCUCAGCAACGUCAUCAUCAUAGACAACUCGCCCGCCUCCUACAUCUUCCACCCGGAGAACGCAGUGCCGGUGCAGUCGUGGUUCGACGACAUGACGGACACGGAGCUGCUUGACCUCAUUCCUCUGUUUGAGGGACUCGGCAAGGAGGAGGACGUCUACAGCCUGUUACAGAGUCUGAGGAACAGGUAGCAGACGGCGGCUCCAACUUCCCUGGCCUCGCCGGCCUCUACGGAGAUGCCCGGACACCCCUCCCCCCACCGAGGGGCGCCGGGACUCCCAGCUCGGCUCUAAAUCGGAGCGCUUUGGAGUGGAAUCCAGAGGCCACAACUGUCAGGAUCCUCUUUCAGACUCUUUGUACAGGACUCGUACUGAUGAAAUAUUAUGUCACCCUAUGUACAUAAUAUAUGUUUCUAAGCAAGACUUACAUAAAGUAAUUUUUCUAUGAGACAGUGGAGGUUUUACUAUUCCAACAAGUAAUAUUUUAGUUACCAAAACAACAACAAUAGACUCUAUUCUUUUGUUGAGAAUGGGGGAGGUUUUGUUUGGUUGUGUAGAGCUGUGCUAUGCAGGUUGUUGUAUCUCGUCUGACCUUUCAUUCAAACAACUGUGAUUUAUCUUCUCUUACAGAAUGAAGUGCCUUCAUUACUGCGCUGAUUUUGUUGUGUCGGGUAAUGGGGAGCACAUUUUUAUGCUGCAUAUUGUCUCAAAUCUCCAAAUACAUAUGAACUACAGUAAAUCCUCUGGAGUUGGAAAUGUGUUCGACCUGGACAGUGUUUUGCUUGUGAAUUUAAUAAUAUUUAAUUGGUAAAUUUACCAAAGAUUUCGAAAAUUCAAUGCGAUGCGUGUUUAAAUGACGUCAUUUGAUCUCCGACACUGACUGUAAAUUAAAAGAAAAAAGAUUGAAACCCCACUUUAUAGAUGGAAAAAAAAUAAUCUUUGACAUCAUUGCAGUCCACCAAAAAAACAUUAAACCUUUGAGGAAGAUAGAAAAAUUAGCUUAGAUAACAUGGCAUUCUAUUUAUAGGGAAUGCUGAGGGGGGCGGGGGUGCAUUGUAAAGACUGCUGUU